ACGGGUCAGCACAGCAGCGGCCCAACGGUUCUGGUUGGACGUGCCUUGCAGGAUUACGGAUACAUAUGAAGUAUCCAUUCGAUUUAUUUGUUUACUUUGCUCAAUUCGUUUUAUGCAUAUCCGUAUGGCGUCUUCUUCCUUUCCCGUCCACUUAGCCGCGUCCCGCACGAACUCCAGCGACGCACAAGACAGCCAACAACCGAGAUCCCAUUCCGACCCCAACGUCGUUUCCGUCCUCAGCCCUCCACCGGGGCCGGGUCGGAAGCGUAGCUAUGGCGGCGGGUCGCAAUCUGACCCCGGCGGUGCUGCUGACCGAGAUGCCCGGCCGUCCGAAUCAGAUGCGCACCACCAGUUCAGGGCAGAGGCUGGCUCCAGAUUGCCCAGUCUCGACACGCCCGAGAGCACAGAUGCUGCUGACUCGUCUAAAAAGCGCAAGACAGCCAAGGGGUCGCGUGGUGUAGCGAAUCUGACUCCGGAGCAGCUAGAAAGGAAACGGGCCAACGACCGCGAGGCCCAGCGUGCCAUCCGAGAACGCCAGCGGCUGCGCACUGAGCAGUAUGAACGCCAGAUCGCCGAGCUCAAGUCCACCCGGCCCUACCAGGAGCUGCAGAACGCCCUGCGCCAGAAGGAGGCGGUUGAGGCCGAGCUCGCUGACCUGAAGAGGUGCAUGGCCGCCAUCGUGUCCAUGAUCCAACCUGUUCUCGGCAGGUCCGCCGGUCUUGGUAUGUCUGGCGACGAUGCUCCUGUACCGCCGGGCCGGCUAGCCCAGGGGCUGACAGGAGCUCCAGCCGACCAGUCCUGCCAGUCUUCCUUCCACGGCCAUCCCCUCACACAACCGCUCACAGCAUCAAGCACCCACAACUCCGCGUCGACGCCGACAAGCGCCACCUCGCCGGCAUCCGUGGGGACCCACGGCCGGUGGCAGAGCAGCCUCUCGCCUGUUGCCCCUCCUGCUAGCGUCGACGGGCAACACCCGCAGCCGUCGCCAGAAAUGGCUUUGCUCCACCAACAGCGCUGUGACCUUGCCCACGGCUUGGACCUAGGCUCCGACAAGCUGGGGCUGCAUUUCCUGAUUGAGCCAAAUCUGAAGAUUGCCAGGAUGCAGAGCGGCGUCAACGGCGCUCAAGACUCGCCCAAGUACCGCCACGUGCCCAUGAAGCACGACUGGACUGCCAGCAUGUCCAUGAUGCCCGGCAUGCAGGGAGCGGCUCAACCACAACAGCCAACGCAAUCCCCCAUAUACAGCCAACCACCCGUUCCCGGGAGCGGCGUCCCACCACUCGGUCCGUUAAAAAGCCAGGUCCCCUCGCCAUCCAGCAGGUCACCUUCCCUCCACAGCCUCGUCCCGAGUAACUGCCCACCAACCUGCCCCCUCGACUCCAUCCUCCUCGACUUCCUAGCCGAGCGCCGCCAGCGCGCCGCCGAAGGCCUCUCGCAGUCCGAAAUUAUCGGCCCUCGCUAUCCGUCCGUCUCCUCUCUCCUCAACCCGGCCGUAUCCGCGUAUUCACACCCCCUCUCCAAAGUCUUCACCGACAUCCUGGCCCGCUUCCCUGACCUCUCCAGCCUCCCUGAGCGCGUCGCCGUCCUCUACCUCAUGUUCCUCCUCAUGCGCUGGCAGGUCGCCCCGACCGAGGAAAACUACCUGCGGUUGCCGGCCUGGUUCCGCCCCGUGCGAAACCAGAUAGAAAAGGAACAUCCGGCCUGGCUUGACCACCUCCCGUUCCCAAAAAUGCGUGAGAAGCUCGUGGCCGAGUACGAGCCCGGCGAGUUCCCCUUUGACAACUUUUUCAUUCCCUUCACCACGACGCUGAGCCUCAACUGGCCGUAUGAGGACGCCUACGUGCUCCUGGCGAGCCCAACGGGCGAGGAGCUGAUGAUCAACCCCGUCUUUGAGCAGCAUUUGGCCGAGCUGAAAAAUUGGACCUUGGGACCGGCGUUUGAGACGGCGUUUCCCCAGUUGACGGGCUGUUAUAAUUUGAAAAUAAGGAGUUGAGGAGGGUAUAUAUACACAUACUCGAUUGAGAGACCAAUGUCCCAAAAGUCAGUUUAGAUCUCCCCAGCUUUGGUUCACAGAUGUUUUGGGACAUACAUCUUGGAAACAGACUUUAAUAUCCCCACCCAUGGUCUAGAUAGAGACUCUAGGCGUAGCAACACAGCUGUCCAUUUCACCCAUCAACCCA